AUGGCAGCGCCUUCUGAAGAAUUCUCCGUCAACGCCAACGACGCCGUUCGCGUUGCAAUUGUUCAACCCGCUCCAAACAGCCAGAUCCAGACCCUCCAUGAGUUCCACCCUCAAUUCACAUAUCCCAUAGUUGGAGAGGCAGAGCAGAUAUUUGGCUACAAGGGCCUGGAUAUCGAAUUACAGUUCGCCGCCCAUGACUUGCGCCCGCACAUCAACUUCUCGUAUCAGAAGAAGUUUCAGACAAUCGGUACAACAAGCGCCCUCGAUCUAAAGAAGACCUUCAGCAACUUCCUGCCCCCUGAUACAUUCCAAGAUGAUUUCGAGACUGAACUACACAAAGACGCAACAAACUGGUCACCACCCGGAGUAUGCGUGAAGAAAUAUACCAGAGGAGGUGAAGACUACGAAGUUUGGGCUGGAUCACUUCUGGAUACCGAUAUGCGUACUUUGGUCGACAACAUCCAGAUUCUGAUCGUAUUCUUCAUUGAAGGCGGUCAGUUCAUCAAUCUGGACGACGUGGACUGGACCCUGGAUAGAUGGAGAGUAUAUCUGGUGUAUCACAAGUCCUCCAAGCCUCCCACUGCACAUGCUUCUCCAUACUCCUUCGUUGGGUAUGCCACUACGUACCGUUUCUUCAAAUUCCAGAAACCCACGGCGCAACGGGACCAGCUCGCGUCUUUUCCAUUUCCUCUUUCAGAAGAGAUCACCCCAACCAAGUUGACGUCUCGGUUGAGGAUAUCACAGUUCUUGAUCACACCGCCUUAUCAGCAACAUGGCCAUGGUUCCGCUCUUUACCAAGCAGUCUAUGACGAAGUCCUCGCUGAUCCGACCAUCGUGGAGAUGACGGUUGAGGAUCCAAGCGAAGAAUUCGAUAAGUUGCGAGACUUGAAUGAUUUCGAUAGGCUCGAGCCACAAUUCAAGGAAGCCGGCAUCAAGAUCAACUCAUCACCAUUUGCCUCUGCGGACCGCGGCCGCUUGAAAGCAGUGCCAACAGCGACGCUACUUCCAAUCGACGAACUCCAGGCCAUAAGAGCCAAGAACAAGAUUGCCAGCCGACAGUUUGCUCGCAUGGUCGAAAUCUACCUUCUCGCUCAGAUCCCGCUGACCCACCGUGCUGCUGGCGGCGCGUCCUUGACCAGUCUCAAGAUUCGAGGUCCAAAGGCUUCCAAUCCAGAUGAUAGGAAUUAUUAUUGGUGGCGUACACUGCUAAAACAGCGCAUCAUGAAGAGGAACAAGGAUUUACUCCAGCAAGUUCCCUUGGAAGACCGCCUGCCACAGAUUGAGGACACUGCCCGAGCACAGGAAGAUGAAUAUGAAGGUCGGCUCCUCUCUUACGCGCUGAGGAGAGAAAAAGAGGCAGAUCGACAUGGAAAUGGAAACUCGUCGCAUGCUGUCCGCAAGAGAAAGAUCAUUGACUCUGACUCUGACGAGUCGGAUGAAGCCAGUGGGGCAUCGAAGAAGCCACGCGGUUGA